GUAAAAGCAAUACCAAAAGCAAAAGCAGCAGCAAAAAGCACGAGAGAAAAAAAGAGAGUGUGAGAGCAAGAGCGAGAGCAACUUUGGCGCUCAUCAGAAUAAUAGUGGGAGGCAGAGCAACAAGCACAGUCGUUUGCACUCAGAGAGCCACAAGAAGCAGGCAAAACAUAUUCCAAAAUGGGUGCCGAUGCGGAUAAUGGCAAGAAGAUUUUUGUACAGAAGUGCGCUCAAUGCCACACCUAUGAAUCUGGUGGUAUUCACAAGCAGGGUCCUAAUCUAGGUGGAAUUGUAGGACGAAAAUGUGGAACUGCUGCUGGCUACAAAUAUACUGAUGCUAAUAUCAAGCGAGCUGUCACCUGGACUGAAUCAACUCUAGACGAAUACCUCAAGGAUCCAAAGAAAUACAUUCCCGGCACCAAAAUGGUUUUCCCUGGACUCAAGAAGGCGGAGGAUCGCGCUGAUUUGAUCGCUUUUCUCAAGCGCGGAAAAUAGUUGAAAAGACAAAAAAAACUAACAUGAAUUAUUUACGCAUUUAUUUUACAAUUAAAUUACAUUUGGGAUAAACCGUAACAUCAUGUAAAUAACUAAACUAAAAAAUUUUUACUAUUAUUAAAUAACAACUCUCAAACAA